AAUGAAGGUUCUUCCAUGCCUGCUCCGUAUAGGCAAACAGGCUCACCUAAGAGAACAAGAGAAGUAGGGGCCAAUAAUGCACCCUCGCAAUCGAACAACAUCGAGGCUCAGGGUUUCUCAUUCCGUGAGUUAGCCACCGCGACAAAUAAUUUCAGGCUAGAGAACCUCAUUGGCGAAGGCGGCUUCGGGCGGGUCUAUAAAGGAAAGCUCGACAAGACAGGACAGGUCGUGGCAGUGAAACAGCUUGAUAGGAAUGGACUACAAGGACAAAAAGAGUUCUUGGUCGAGGUGUUGAUGCUUAGUCUUCUUCACCAUUCGAAUCUUGUGAACCUAAUUGGCUACUGCGCUGAUGGAGACCAAAGACUUCUUGUUUACGAAUAUAUGCCUCUUGGAUCCGUCGAAGACCAUCUCCUCGAUCUUGAACCGGAUCAGAAACCACUAGACUGGAACUCGCGUAUUAAGAUCGCUUUAGGAGCAGCAAAAGGACUUGAGUAUCUCCAUGAUAAAGCCAAUCCUCCAGUGAUUUAUCGAGAUCUUAAAUCAUCAAAUCUAUUGCUUGACCAAGAUUUCGACACAAAACUGUCGGAUUUUGGUUUAGCAAAGCUUGGUCCUAUUGGAGACACACUACAUGUGUCUUCCCGAGUUAUGGGAACUUACGGUUACUGUGCUCCUGAGUAUCAGAGAACCGGCCAUCUUACGGUUAAAUCAGAUGUUUAUAGUUUUGGAGUUGUGCUGUUGGAACUGAUAACUGGAAGACGAGUUAUCGACACAAUGAGACCUAGUCAUGAAAUAAAUCUGGUUACUUGGGCGCAACCAAUUUUCAGAGACCCAACUAGAUUCCCACAGCUAGCUGAUCCAUUGCUUCGAGGCGAAUUUCCAGAAAAGAGUUUAAACCAAGCUGUAGCUGUAGCGGCAAUGUGCCUGAAUGAAGAACCUAUGGUUAGACCACUAAUCAGCGACGUUGUUACAGCCCUCAGCUUCCUUGGUGCAUCUUCCGAUUUUUCCAACGCUGAUUCUAGCCAUUUACAACAAAAUCCAUCAGAGAUAUAUCAUGAUGCAGUUCAGUGGGAUUCAAGUCCUAGAUAA